GCACUGCAUUCUGGGUACUGUCAUGGUGGCCCGCGUCUACUGUGAGCAAAACGUUUCGUCAGCUGUUGUUGUGUAUUUCCUGCGCUAAGGUUUGAAAUAAGUUUUGGGCAUAAACUUGAAUUUACCAAGACAGUAAAAAUGGCGUCCACUGCAGCCGGUAAGCAGCGGAUACCGAAGGUGGCUAAGGUAAGAAAAACAGCAGUUAUUGUCCAAACCUACCUUGGCUGUAGCGGCUAAGCUAACGCUAAUACAUAGAGCUAAAGUUUAUGAGAGUCCACAUGGACCUUCAAAUAGAGCUCUUUUUUACUUUCACCCAAAUCAAGGUGAGGAUUAAACUUACAUCUGUUUGCUAAAUCACAUUCAGCCAAUGGUUGCUCGAAGUUAACGUGAAAUAUAACAUUAAACGAGCAAGCUAGGAGCAUAAUAUUCUCAGCCUGAACGAGUAGAAGUAAGUCAGAUUUUGUACCCCGAGUUCCACUUUUAUCCUGUGGAAGUAGGUUUAAAGUCUUUAGGACUAGACUGAAUCGUUACAAACACACAUGACAAUGAAACUCCUGAAUGAAUGAUGUCAAAGUUUUUCACAAAGACAGAAGAAACUGUAAUUUAUUAAUAAUGCAGUAUGUUAUGGUCUGCAAUACACGACUGUCAUCUACACAGUACAGGCUUUAUUACACUGUGGACACUGUGCUGUUGCUUGUGUGCGCACUGCACAAUGUUAACUAACUGCUUCUCUUAUUUCAGGUGAAGAAUAAAGCUCCGGCAGAGGUUCAGAUCACUGCAGAGCAGCUGCUGAGAGAAGCUAAAGAGAGGGAGCUUGAACUUCUGCCACCACCACCGAAACAGAAAAUCACAGAUGAAGAGGAGCUCAAUGAUUACAAACUGAAGAAGAGAAAGGUGAGUACUAAACUCUGUCUGUUUUAACCACUGAUGACAUUUGUUGAAUCAGCUAUUUGCUAUCUAACUAGAACUCUGAGGAUUUAGAUAUGGUAUUCAGCAUGUAAUGAAUUUUUAAAAAGUGAGAUUUAAGGUCAUACUUGUAUUUGAAGAUACAAAUUCAGACGGAUGCAUGUUUGACAGACUAUCUGAUAACUUUGUAAUUUAUUUCACUUUGUGCUGAUGGUUCUGCAUUUUUCUUUCAGGGGUUUGAGGACAACAUCAGAAAGAAUCGCACUGUUAUCAGUAACUGGAUCAAAUACGCACAAUGGGAAGAAAGCUUGAAGGAGAUUCAGAGGUACUGAUGAAAAAAGCAGACACAAGCUGUAAAUCAAGCCUGUUUUCUAGUUGCUUGAAUUCAUAUAUUCUGUUCUAUCUUUUAAGUAACACUCAUAGCUCCUUAUUGCUUGAGAACGUGGUGUGAAUGCUUUGCAAAUGCCCCUGUAGAGACAUAAUGAUUAAUUGUGAACCUGUAACAUUGACUUUUUUAUGUUGCAGAUGUCAGUAUUUUGAAAGAAAUCUUUUAAUUCCUCCCAUUUUUGAACUUUCACCUGAGUUUUAGGUGUUUGCUAGAGCAGUAUCUUAAACAGACCCUCACAUACAUCUGUUGAGCAGUUUUCUUCAAUCGCUGCCUUUUCUUGUUUCAGGGCUCGUUCCAUUUACGAGCGAGCGCUGGACGUGGAUCACCGAAACAUCACCCUGUGGCUGAAGUAUGCCGAGAUGGAGAUGAAGAACCGCCAAGUGAACCACGCCCGCAACAUCUGGGACAGAGCCAUCACCAUCCUCCCACGUGUCAACCAGUUCUGGUAUGAAUCAUGCUCAUGUAUCUUAAUAUUUGUUGCACAGUGUCACAUGUUGAUUGGGCACAUUUGUGGCAGUAUAAAUAUCCACACUAGCUUUAUUUAUGAUACCUGUUUGUCAUUUUAAAAGGUACAAGUACACGUACAUGGAGGAGAUGGUGGGGAACGUGGCUGGCUGCAGGCAGGUGUUUGAGCGCUGGAUGGAGUGGGAGCCCGAUGAGCAGGCCUGGCACUCAUACAUCAACUUUGAGCUGCGCUACAAGGAGGUUGACAAAGCCCGCACCAUCUAUGAACGAUAUAUCCUUGAAUGCUUUGUUUGCUCAGAAUGUUCAUUAUUCAUUUGACAGUGUAGUCAUGCUUUGAAACUCAUUGCAUUGAGAUCUCAGUCAAAAUCCCUAAAUUCUGUCAUAUAAUCAAAACCUGGCAACAGUGUCUUGAUGAAGUGCCGCCUGAGUUUAUUGCUUCAUGAGAUCUAAUUAAUCCAGCUCUACUUUGAACAUCUCAUAUUUCACAUCUUAACUGCUCUAAAGCAUCUGUUCAUGACCAUCUGUUGUAUUUGGUGAGCUUGAGAUGACAAAUCUUUGUAAAAAGUCCUUGACUCCUCUGUACUCGUCAUGGUCCACCCUGAGGUGAAGAACUGGAUCAAAUACGCUCGUUUUGAAGAGAAGCACGGCUACAUCGCUCACAGCAGGAAGGUGUACGAGAGAGCUGUGGAGUUCUUUGGAGAGGAACACGUGGAGGAAAAUCUGUUUGUGGCCUUCGCCAAGUUUGAGGAGACGCAGAAAGAGGUCCGUGCAGCUGUUUGAUAGUUGUGUAUCAUUGCUUCUUACGAGCACCCGUGGAGUGACUGUGACUGGAUAAAAUGUGUCUUCUCUUUUCAGUUUGAACGUGUUCGAGUCAUCUACAAAUAUGCUCUGGACAGAAUCCCUAAAAGCCAGGCUCAGGAGCUCUUCAAGUAUUACACCAUGUUUGAGAAGAAGUUUGGAGACCGAAGGGGAAUCGAGGACGUCAUCGUCAGCAAAAGAAGAUUCCAGUAUGAGGAGGAGGUCAAGGUGAGUACUGGGGAGAAACGAAAACUCACAAAGAGAUUAAAAGAUUUUAUUCCGUGUAAUAUAUUUAUGUAACUGCAUCCUGGAUCAUUUAUUCUGAAGAUUUAAAUCUUUGUCCUCUUCACUGGCGUGUUUUAUCAGGCAAACCCACACAACUACGACGCCUGGUUCGAUUACCUCCGGCUGGUGGAGAACGACGCUGACGCAGAUACUGUCAGAGAGGUAUACGAACGAGCCAUUGCCAACAUCCCCCCAAUUCAGGAGAAGAGACACUGGAAAAGAUACAUCUACCUGUGGAUCAACUAUGGACUGUACGAGGAGCUGGAGGUCAAGGUACCUGCUUUUCAGUGUUUCAUUAUAAGAGAUUCAUGAGAAAGAAUCACAUUAACUUCCUUUUUAGAAAUGUUAAAUCAAAAAAUAGGGUAAUGUAGGAGAUACCAACGUUUUUAUAAAGUGAGUAAAAGUAGUUGAAUUAGGAGACACUGAAAAGACAGUAUAGGUCCAUGUUACGGGUGUAGAUGGGGUCAAGGGUAGAUUUUCAGAUAACCACAUUUUCUGUUGUCUGCACUAUUUUCAAUUAAAUAUGGGCUUUAAAUGAUUAGCAAACCACCAAAGCUUGGUUUUGAUUACAUUUUGCAUGAAGUCCCAACUUUUAUGGAAUAGGGAUUACCUUAAAGCUAACAUUUUUACCCCUGUAGUAAAAAAAAAAAAAAGACCUGUAUAAAGUUCCUUUACAUUAAUUCAUAUUCUUCUUUAUCAGGAUCCUGAGAGAACAAGGCAGGUGUACCAGGCAUGUCUGGACCUCAUCCCACACAAAAAGGUGAAAUCUUUAGCUUUGUCUUUAGUUAUUUUAUACUUAUUUUACUUAUUUUAUGUGCUGUUAUAAUUGAGUAGUAAAAUACACGUUUUGGUUUGGUUUCAGUUCACAUUUGCAAAGAUUUGGCUGCUCUUCGCUCAGUUUGAGAUCCGGCAGAAAAGCCUCCAGGCUGCCAGAAAAAUCAUGGUGAGAUACAUGAGGAACAGUUUAAAGAUUCCAGAAAGUACAGCUUUAAGAGACCACGGCUAAACACAUUGAGCCAUUUUUUAAAAGAAUGUUUUCAUUUUAUUUUAUACCAUAUUUCUCCCGACCUCUCAUGCCCAAGUAAAAUAUUCUUGUUUCAGUAUUAACUUAAAGAAAAUAAGAAGGCUUUGAAAAAUUCAGGUAAUGCAGUUUAAAAAUUUUUUUUUAUUCAUAGACAGAAUACUGAAGUUUUAAAUAAAGAAUUAGAAAUACGUUUGAGGUGAAAUAAACAUGACAAAAAGUUGCACUGGAUGCAAAAUAUUAGCAGUUUGCCUGAGAAAUGAUGCUGAAAUUCAACAUGCUGGAAUACAAUGUAUUCUGCACAUAAGAGUGCAUGAAAAAAGGUGCAUAAGUGUAGCAUUGAUAAAUGUACAAAAUAUUCAGCAACAAAAAGACCCAGUUUUUGUGCUUUCAGUUUUUCUGCAGUUGACUCCCGUCAGGCUGUAUCUGUGAUUUCUGCUGCUCCUCCUCUCUCUGCUCAGGGUACAGCGAUCGGUAAAUGCCCGAAGAACAAACUGCUGAAGGGCUACAUCGAGCUCGAGUUGCAGCUGCGAGAGUUUGACCGCUGCAGAAAGCUCUACGAGAAGUACCUGGAGUUCAGCCCGGAGAACUGCACCACCUGGAUCAAGUUCGCAGAGCUGGAGACGAUCCUGGGAGACACCGAACGAGCCAGGGCCAUUUUCGAGCUCGCUAUCGGACAGCCGCGACUCGACAUGCCAGAGGUACAGAUCACAGUUUCUCUAUUGUCUCUUUUUUUAAAAGUGUGGGAAGAUGAGCAGAGAGUUGAAACAGUUUUCAAAGAUGGUCAUUACUGUUUGAAACUUCUGGCUGUUUCACAUUAGAGUUCAUUUUUCUUUUGAAGUUAGAAACCUGGUGUUCUGGUUUGUUUCUCUUUCGCAUUCAUGGGAUUGACAGGCAGAACAUUGUGUUAGCAAGCUUGUAGUGUAUCCUGGACUGUACUCUAGACUUCAUGAUUUCUAUGAGUGAAGUUAAAUUGUUCAAAAAUAUCAAGAUUCGUUGUUUUAUUCUUUCUUUACAGGUGCUGUGGAAGUCCUACAUAGAUUUUGAGAUUGAGCAGGAGGAGUUUGAGAACACCAGGAAUCUUUACAAGAGACUGCUGCAGCGCACUCAGCAUGUCAAGGUGAGGACUGCAUAUGCCUGUCUGUCCUCACUCUCACUCAGGAGGAAACAGGAACUUCUUUUUCAUAUCUUACAAAUAUUAAUGUUCUGUAAAAAAUAAGCACAGUGAGACCGACCAAAUGAGAUCAGUUGCAGACGUUUGAAGAACAUCCCCAUGACUCUUGGAUGUCGCUCUGGCUUUUCUCUUACUCUUCUUCCUCGCCCCUUUAUCUGCAGGUUUGGAUCAGCUACGCCAAGUUCGAGCUGUCGAUAGAAGGUCCCGACCGCCUGCAGCGGUGCCGGCAGACCUUUGAGGAGGCCAACAAGAGCAUGAGGAGCUGUGAGGAGAAGGAGGAGCGUCUGAUGCUGCUGGAGUCCUGGAGGGACUUCGAGAAGGAGUUUGGCACCGACAGCAGCAUGGAGAGAGUGAGGAAGCUGCUGCCGGAGAAGGUGAAGAAGAGGAGGAAGCUGACGGCCGAGGACGGGGUAAGAACCAGAAAUCUCUGCUCUGGAUUCAGAAACUUCUGCUCUCGUCUGUAUCAGAUGUUUUCGGCUUUACUUCGAGAAAGAUCUUUUUGUACAGUUCAACUAAUCUAGAUUCCAUCCAAGAGAGAAAAUGGUGUAAAAUUUAAUUUAUUAUUUUGCACUUUAAUAACGAUAGUGAAGCAGAUUUGUCAGGAAAAGUGCUAUAAACAAAUGUUUUUAUAAACCAGUUAAAAUAUUUAUUUGAAAAGUUAAGUAACUUAUUUUUGAAUACGAAUCCUCCAAGAAAAUUCAACAUUCACUGAUUCCUUCCGUUUCAUAUUCAGUUACAGCCGGUCUAAGGCACUAAUCUCUCUCUCUCUCUCCCUGAUCGUUUCAGUCGGACGCCGGCUGGGAGGAAUAUUACGACUACAUCUUCCCCGAGGACGCCGCCAACCAGCCCAACCUCAAACUGCUGGCCAUGGCCAAGAUGUGGAAGAGGCAGCAGGCGGUGGGGGAGGACGCUCCAGAAAAAGCUCUAUCGGCUGAAGAGGCGGCGUCAAAGUCCUCCGACAAGUCUUCUGAAAGCUCACCAGAGGAGGAGGAGGAGUCGAACAAAAACACUGAAGCUGAGACGGAGCAGCAGGAAGUGUACGAUGAUCGAGACGACGACAACAGCAGCAGCAGCAGCAGCAGCAGCAGUGAGAGCGACAGUGAGGAGGAAAAGGAGGAUGGAGAGAAACAGGAUAAAAAGAAAGAGGAGGAGAAGGAUGGAGAAAGCAAGAGUGAGGAUGAAGAGAAAGAUUAGCCUGAUGAGACACGUGGGAGAGACUUUAAUUUUUCUACUCAUUUUAUAAGAAAAACAACAAAAUCAGUCCUGGAGCAGUCUUUAUUGUACCAAGAUGUUUUCUUUGCAGCUGUGACAUUAUACAAAGAUGAACUCAAACCUGCUUCUUCUCCUGUUUCUCCUUUUUGUAGGAUUUAUGAGAAAUAAAGCAGAAAGAUUCAGGUA